AUGUCGCGACCGCUACGGCUGCCACAUCCCCAGACGACGCUGCACCUCUACAGACAUCUGCUGCGCGAAUCGUCCUAUCUGCCCUGGCUCGUCCGCAAACAAGUCGAUAUCCAAAUUAAGGAGCGCUUCCGCAAACACCAGAAGGACGACGUCAACCAUGAACUGACAAAAAAGCGCAUCAAAGAUGCCCACAAGGAGCUGCGCCGUAUGAGGGCUGCCAACGCCGGAGACAUGCCUCGCAUGCGGCGCAUCAUGCUGCUAGCAUUUGGCCGAACAGGAAGGCGACGACGUCAGCUGGUCAAGGAAUUACUUGCGCCCGAAAUUGCGACCACCAACGAGGAGCUGGAGAAGCAUAUGGCCGAGACGGCAACCAUUAUGAAGGAGAACCGCAAGGUCGACUGGCUUGACAAGUGGGAUACUGAGAAGCUCGGGAAGUACGCACGAAUGCAGGCCUCCGUUAGUCUGCAUGAUAUCCCAAAGCCAGAGUUGUCGGCGAAGCAGAUCAAUCCGGCGCUUUUCAUCCCCAAGGAGAAUUCCUGGGGCAAGCCUCUCACUCCUCAGUUGUAUCGAACAAAGCUGAAAAAGAUGUGGAAGCUUGCGGCCGACAAGAUCAUGCCGCCACUCCCAAAGGAAGAGUUUGAGAUGCUAGGCGCGCUUGCACAGGGCAAGAUUCGUGACCCCAAGCUGCUGCUGCCCCCACCUCGGCGGCCAGUUGCCCAGCCUUUGGAUGGAGAGAUAUUCCCACCGCGAACAUGGAAUUGGCAGGACUAUGCAGUCAAACCGGUUGCUAUCGUGGAGAAGGCGGCAAAUCGACGCAACAAGCUGCUCACUGGGGCAGUCGACGAACACUCCCCAGUGUUCGACCCACAGCCUCUCAGCUGCCACAAGUACACGAUGCGUAGUUGGCGGCGCCUCUAUCAGAGCAUAUGGCAGCUCUGCUCUACGAUUGAAAAAGGCGACGACAAGUCGUUCAAAGUGGUCUGGGGCAGUCCCGACUUCAUGCCGCCAAGGCCUUCAAUGGGUGAACUUGAGUUCUUUAGAGACUUCCCCGUGCCAGAGAAGCAGAGCAAAAAGCAGCGGAGAGCUCAGCCCCAGCCAAUGCCACAAUAA